AUGGUCUCGCAGACUCCUCCUCGACGAGGAAACCGUUGCAGAAGACGGAGAGCCCGUCGACGAACAGCUGGUUCGCGACACCGAGCGCCAAUCCAAAACAGUGGCUCUCUUGCUGCCGCCACCAGUCAGAACGAUGGUCCUGGAUUGUUUGUGCCCGUGGACUCGGGAUGUUCGAGGACCCGAGUGGCCACAUUGAGUAAAUGCAUGUGUUCGAAUAGCAGAUCGUCAUGGGCUAGCUCACCCUCGGCGACAUGUGAUAUCUGCCGCAAGAAUGACUUGUCCGAACAUGCGUCGUACAUGGAGAUGGUCUAA